AUGUCUUUGGAUAUUUCAUCAAGCAAUAAGGCUGAGAAAAAUACUCGAUUAUUAGAUUGGAAUUCAAAAGUGAACAUUGCACUUGGAGUUGCCAAGGGAAUUGCUUUCAUUCAUUCUAAGGGGGGUCCAAAUUUUACACAUGGCAACUUAAAGUCAACCAAUGUUUUCUUCACACAAAAUCUUGAUGAUGCCUGCAUCUCUGAUGAGCUACUUGAGUUAUUUGAUGUAGAGCUAGCAGACAUUUAUGAAGUCCAAUUGGAUCUUAUGCGUCGGAUUGUGCGUAAAUGUACAGAUGGGUCAAGCCCUAGAAUGGAAGAAGUUGUUAGAAUGGUUGAGGAAGUUAAGAAUGGAAGAAGUUCAAUUGAAUUUCUCAUGUCUAGCUCUAUGGAGAAGGGAACGAUAGUGGUAGUAAAAAGGUUGAAAGAUUUGGAUGCCACAAGGUUGAAAAUGGCAAUUUUAGGGAGAAUUGGACGCCACUCCAAUGUCAUGCCUCUUCGAGCUUAUCAUCAGGCCAAAGAUGAGAUACUUCUAGUUUAUGACUACAUGCCAAAAGGAAGCUUGUUUCACUUGUUGCAUAGAGAUGAGGUUCAAGGAAGAACUCAGUUAGACUGGGAUUCAAGAUUGAAGUUUGCACUUGGAGCUGCCAAAGGAAUUGCUUUCAUUCAUUCUGAGGGGGGUCCGAAUUUUACACAUGGUAACAUAAAGUCAGAACGGAAGUUGUUGUUAGAAAUUAGAAUGAUUCAGGAAAUUGAACAACCUAAGUUGAAGAACAAGUCCUCCUCUGAGUAG